UUAUAAUCUCCAUGGAUUCCAACAACUCAAAGAGGCUUGCAUUCUCGGAGCUCUUUAUGUCUCAGAGGAGAAAGGUUGUUUCUGGGUAUAGUUUAGGUGUUGGAGUUUCUCUCCUUUUUCUCACUCUUCUCUUCCUCAAUAGUUCUCUCAAGGCUCCUCAAGUUCAAGUCUUUCUACAACGAUCUGAUGCUGCUUCGUUUUCUUCUUGGCAUUUUCGCAUUUCAACUUACCCUUUUUCCUCUUCCUCUGCGAGCAAUGCUUCUGUGAGUUCUAUGCAGAGGAUUGAAGAAGGAAGUGCUGUGGGGGAAAAGGGUUUGGAGAAGAAGACCCAUUUGGGGAAUCUUACUGAGAACCGUGAUAAUGCAAGCUUGCAUGUUGAAGAGCAACGUUUUCCUCAGGAAACAACCCGUGUGGGAAAUGGUGCCUUAACCCCAGAGAAGGAAAAUUUCUCGGAUCCUAAUGGGGUGGUCAAAGAUGAACCCUUGCCGGGUGAGAAAAGAAAAUUUUCUGCGAAUUCAAGUCUUUCCGGUGAAGCAAAAACGGUGAUGCAGAAAAACAACAACGUGGGAAAUUCGUCAUGCAAUGGAAAUCCUGGUGAAGAAGGGAAGUUGAUGAUUGAGAAAAGCAAUGUUACUGUGAUUGGUCAUGAUUCACGACAGGGUAAAAUGCAGGUUGGUUUCCAUGGGAAUUGUGAUAUCUUUGAUGGUAAUUGGGUGAGAGAUGAUUCAAAGCCAUACUAUCCCUUAGGUUCUUGUCCCCACAUAGAUAGGGAUUUUGAUUGUCAUCUUAAUGGGAGGCCUGAUAGCGAAUAUGUGAAAUGGAAAUGGCAGCCAAAUGGAUGCGACAUUCCAAGUUUGAAUGCAACUGAUUUUCUGGAAAAAUUGAGAGGGCAGAGACUGGUUUUUGUGGGGGAUUCACUGAACAGGAACAUGUGGGAGUCCAUGGUGUGUAUCCUACGUCAAAGCAUCAGGGACAAGAAACGUGUUUUUGAAAUUUCAGGAAGAACGAAAUUUAAGAAGAAAGGUGUCUAUGCUUUUAGAUUUGAGGAUUAUAAUUGUUCAGUGGACUUUGUUAGUUCUCCAUUCAUUGUUCGAGAGUCAACUUUCAAAGGCAUAAAUGGGUCAUUUGAGACAUUAAGAUUGGAUUUGAUGGACCAGACAACUACCAUGUAUCAUGAUGCCGAUAUCAUAGUCUUCAAUACAGGCCAUUGGUGGACCCAUGAGAAAACAUCUAAGGGAGAAGACUAUUAUCAAGAAGGCAACCAUGUGUACCCAAGACUCAAAGUUCUAGAUGCAUAUACAAGGGCAUUGACCACUUGGGCUAGAUGGAUCAACAACAAUAUUGAUGCAAAUCGAACUCAGGUUUUCUUCAGAGGAUACUCAGUGACCCAUUUCAGGGGUGGGCAAUGGAAUUCAGGAGGACAGUGCCACAAAGAAACCGAGCCAAUAUAUAAUGGAACUCACCUACGGAAACAUCCCUCAAAAAUGAGGGCGUUAGAGCAUGUCAUCCCAAAGAUGAAAACUCCAGUGAUAUAUAUGAACAUAAGUAGGCUUACAGAUUACAGAAAAGAUGGGCAUCCUUCUAUAUACAGAAUGGAAUAUAAGACAUCAGCAGAACGAACCUCUGCUGAGUUACACCAAGAUUGCAGUCAUUGGUGCCUGCCUGGAGUACCAGAUACUUGGAAUGAAUUACUGUAUGCUUCUCUCUUAAAAUAUGGUAAAGGAAAUUGGAAAAACUGAGCU